ACAAGUCCGUUUCACUGCUGCUGGAACCCUUCGUCCUUUCGUGCGUCCCUUGCUGCUAAUUGCUUUGUGUGCCCUGCUCCUGGCGCCUCCUUGUCCUCACUAAGCAGGCCAGAUCCUCGCGCACUCCAGGCUCAAGAUACUUACACCGCCGAAGAUACCUGAACUGCAGCUGUGCAGCCUGCGCUGUUGGCCCCGAGGAAAAUGGGAAAAGAGGAAAAAUCCGAACGCCAACGCGUCUCGUCGACGUCUGUCAUGUGCGAUCCGAGUUUUGUGGCCCCUAACUAAGGCGCCUUGCUUAAAUUUACGCCAGAGGAUAAGCCCGAAAAGGGAAAAGGAGCGGAGAGAUGCGAUGCGAAGACGACUGGCAAGGCAAACAUAAAGCAAUUUUAUGCGUUUUUAAAAUGCGGCAAUUGACUGAAACAACAAAAGCGAACUGAGACUGGAAAAUUCAGGCGGGCCGCAUGUGAGCACGUUCACCGCUUUUCCGAAGGGUAAAUCAAAUACGAGACCAAAACCGCAUCGAAAGGGAGAAGGAAGACCAGGACCCCUACCCUGCGCACACCAUAGCGUAUCUCAGUCGCUGAUAAGCAAUAUAACGCAAAUGCUUGAUGGUUUGUUGACGACCAACAAAAAGUUCUUGAGCGUGUGUAAACAUUGGGCCGGCAGCACGGGGAAAUACUGGAAAACAGAGAGCAGAACGGCGGAAAAACAGAAAACAGCAGCAAGGACAUCGAACCAAGGAGCCAGCCACCAGCCAGCCAGUCAGCCAGUCAGCCAUCCAGCCAGCCAGCGUUUAUAAAUGCGCUACAGUUACAAAUUGUAGCCACAGCUGUGCGUGUGUGUUUUGGUGCUGUGCGGCACAUGUGCGCUCUAAACCAUUUAUAAAUGUAACAAAAGCAGCGCACACACGCCAACGCCAGCAGAGAAAAACGUGAAAAACCAAAAAGAAAAAGGAAAACAGUAAAAAGCUGAAAGCCCUUGGCACAAGUGCAAUGCAUAAAUAUAAACAAAGAGAUACGAACUGAAGACGGCGAAAAUACCGCCCAGCACAAGGUGCUAUAUGUACACAAAUAUCUUUUUUAUUUUUGGAGAAACAAAACGCGUUUUAAAUCGAUAAUUUUGAGACAGUGAAAAACCUGCAGAACGAGCAUCCCAAAAGGGCAUCGUGCAUAAUUAGCGCCAUCGGAGCCAGGGAGCCAAGAAACAACCAAUGGAACAUGUUGAUGCCGGUGCGGGAGUACAACAAGCACAUAGCCAAAAUACCAAAUUGCAAGAUGAGGCAGCGGCCAGCGCUUAGAGCCACCUUCGCAUCCCUACUGCUGCUGCUCCUCCACGUCGCCCAGGCGCUCGACCCGGCGGCUGCCAGUGGCUCGGCCGGAAGUGGUGCUGCGGCGGGUGGUGCAGGUGCUGCCUCCACCGGCGGGGCAGGCGGCGGGAGUCUGAGCAGUGGACCACCCACUCUCAUUGCCAAUCUCACGGAACAGGGCAGUCCCGGUGUGUAUAAUUCGACAAUGGGUUAAUGCUAAUUACCCGUCCAUAUAUAUAUAUGGCAUUUACGUGGCUGUUUAGCUGACCUUUCAACCUCUUAGCCCCCCACCAAAACAACGCUGCCAUUUUGGUAUUUGCUAGGACGUUUAUGCGUGGUACUUUAAUCAAAUUCCUUGCAGUAAGCUGUUAGAAAUGUGUAAUCCGAUUACAGGGCUUAGAAUUAGGAUUUUCGUAUUCAUUAGUAAAAUCAGUGUGACUGUGGGUUCAAAAAUAAGCACGGAGGCAUCAAUACACUGCAUUAAAAUUGCAUAUUUUUGAUUUAAUACCAUUAAUUUCAUUACAAUUUAACAGCGGAUUACGCUUUUAAUUGGAUAGCACUAAGUAAAAAUAACCUGUCAGCUGUGCUACUUAAGUUUGUGUGCUUAAAUGUGCACUUAUUUGACUAAAUCCAAGAAUUCAUGAAAUUCUUACCAUAAACUUGGUAUGUUUUGUGUGUGCCAAUGUUUGUGUGAAUUUCCUUGUGCGCAUUUCCGGUUUCCGCUUCCGGUUGGCAAGCGACAAGGGGUGGCAAAAACUAUUAGCCACUUGGCGCUAAAUAACACCACCCCCGCCCACUCAUCCCUGCCACUGAGGCAAAACACUAAGCAUCAAUUAACCCAAUUUUCAGAAUCCAUUUUCACCUGCAGUUACGGCUUCAGCUCACAACUCCGGAGCUUUGGCUUUUUCCGAGUAUUUCUCUAGCUGCGUGUUUCACAGCUCCGUGCUUGCAUGUAUAUGUUUUGCUGUAUUUUUUUAGCACACAUUUUCCUUUGCGCUUUUCUUUUUGCCAGCAAAUACCCAAGUGGCGGUGUUGAAACCAACGUCCAACUCCCAAUUCCCCAGGCCCACCUAAUCCUAUAGGUUUAAUUCCGGCCACUCUUGGCCAGACUUUUUCGUUCUGUGUUCUGUGCUUUUCCGUCUUUUCUUUCGCAGGCGUCGGCGCUAUUGUUGUAGUUUGGUUUGGUUUGGUCACUGGAUCUGGAAAUGGAAAUGGAGUGGAAGCUGAAAUCAUAAUUAAUCCAUUGAUUUUCGAUUUUUUUCAGCUUAAAUAAUUCACACAAAUCAUUUCAGCAAUAAAUAUGAAUUCUUUCACAGCAUUUAACAAUGAAUAUUUCAGGCAACAAGAGUUUUUUCCAGCCUAGAUUUUUUUUGGUGAAUAACAUGGGAUCCAAUUACAAAUUGAUGAGCAGCCGCCUGGAAAUGUUGUGUGACAGAGUGUCAUAAACUGCAGAAUGCGGGUGGCCAUCAUUCCCGGCGCUUGAUUGAGAGUACCGGCCAAAAAACACCUGGAACGAUGCCAGAUGUCGGGGAUAAUAAAUUCGUGAAGAUGUGACAACACUUGGGAUGCAUUUUAUGUGGCUGGAAGUCUGCUUCUAAACGUCGAAGAAAUUGAUUGACCAGUUGGGAAAUUAAUUGUGUUAUAUUAUAUGAAAUGGCUAAAAUGUUCGAUUCAAUUAAAAUUAAAACUAAAAUACAAGUACUUGUUUUAAAG